AAUGUCCGCCGAGUCUCAAUGUAAUGGAGUCCAAGUAUAGAGUAUGAUAGCAGUGGCAGAGCGAAGCAUGGGACACAUUCGCAAACACUAGAGACAAGAUGGAUUUCCGUAGCGAAUAAGCCUUUGCAAAAUCAAAAGGAAAUGGCGUACAUCCGCCAUAGCUUAAGCCACCAGAAACACAACACACACGAACUCAAGCAUGAAGUAGUACACAUCCAACUUAAACACUAUUAAACGAUGUUUCACGACUCGGUCAGACGAGACAUAUCCAUCCGCAUCUACUUGAGCGUCAAGCGCAUCAACAAAAGUACCCGGAUGGACUGUCAUGGCCGCCGUCGCUGUGGUUCCAUUGAGAGCUGAAAAGGAAGGCGAAUAUCCCUGCUGUGUUUCCCCCCCCCCACCUCACCGUGUUUCAAAAUGUUUGGUGUCAAUUGGACCGUGUCUGAAGUUCCAUCAAGUGAAUAAUACUAUUCCAGCUCCGGUUCUUCUGAGAAUCUCACGUUCGUAUCCCCCUCUGCCUACGAAAGGCAACGCAAAUGAUGCAGACAGAGUUUGUCCAAUUGGGGUUGCUGUAGUUUGCUGUGGAAGUGGAUGUACACAGGUGCAGAAGGGUCAAAUCCAGAUCGGAUCGGAACAACUAAUUAUGGAGAAGCUUUUGACAAACGUCGCUCAAAGAAAAGACGAGUAGUACCGAAGUUUUCAACAAGAAUGGACAGCCUUGGAGAAAGAGGGAUUUGCUGUGUCUAUUUUCACAGAUUGGGAGUAUACCAAAGCAUUCGUACUUGUUGCCAAUAAACAUUUUGACAACGUUGCAUAAAGACAAGAUAAUCAAACAAACAAAAGACAUGCCUUUGUCGGCAAGAACUGUUCACUAUCGUACCAUCAUGAUUGCAAAUCAAAUUGACUUACAUUCACGAUUAACGGAUGGAAGUCUCAAUGACUUCAUGAAGCUUAAUCUAACGACGUAUGAAGCAGACAAAGUCAUCAGCAAAACCAUGCAGCACCAGAAGUCGCGUUAAUGAUUCACAAUUAUGGAUAAAGACCUUAAAUUACUUCACCGUUCUGCCAUCACUGACAGCAUGUCAUUUAUAGAGGAAGUAAAAGACACUCCACGUCUCAAAGAAAGAGAACACCAUGGUCAAGACAAUCCAGGCAUAUCAUCUGUUAAGCAACCUGGUUCCAUCAAAAGAGCCAAUUGUAAAACUCAGCAAGGAGCUGUUUUUUCUGGAAACAUUUUGAGUUUUGGUUGCUCUGUAUGCAAGGAUGAUUCUAUGUACAGUCCUAAUGAUCUCCUUAAACAUUUUCGAGGGGCUCACAAAGGAAUCUUGCCUACUUACCCUUGUGAUCUGUGUGGAUUUGUAACAAAUGAAUUUGCAGCUCUUCAACGUCACCGGAUUGAGCACAAAAAUACUUUGGUCACAUGUGAACUCUGUUGUGAUGGAAAUCAAUAUUCACUGCUCUUGCUUACAAGACAUUACGUCAUGUGUCACAGUCUUAAUGGAAAGUUUUACUGUGACUGGUGUGAGUUUACAACUGUUGAUGCAGGGACAUUUGUCCAACACAUUCAUCAUCACAAUGAGAGUCCCUGGAAAUGUUCCCUUUGUCGACAUGUCAGCUUGAAUGAAGUGGAUCAUCAAAAGCAUAUAAAAGGUCACACAAUUUUGUUACCUUUCAUUUGUGAAAAUUGUGGAUAUCGUGCAACAACCAUGAAGCAGCUUAAAAGACACACAGUUGCUGCUCACAAGAAAUACAACCAACAGGACCAUACAAAUGUAUGGAACACUUUAGACCAUGAAGCUGCUCCUACAAAUUCUUCUCCAAGUUGUCAACAUGUACUUAAAAAUGUUUCUGAGUUAGAAGCAGCACAAAAGGUAUCAAAAUUAUUUGGUAUAUAUGGUAUGUUGCCGAACCAAAAUGGUCACAUGAAAUCUGAGUUGUAUUCGGAUGAGUCCUACCAAAUUAUUGGUGGGACACCACCAAAAAAGGACCGUGCGAACUGUAACUGUUGGACUGCGGAACAAUCCUCACGUGUAAUGUUGCUUGACAAUGACAGCUGUGGCUCACCAAACAAUCCUAAUGCACUAACAGUUCUCAUGGUCAAGAAUAAAAUAUCUCUUCCCCCAAACUGUACAACCAAAGUGAUGGGAUUUAAGAUGGUUGAUGGGAAAAAACAUUUGGUUCUUAAAGUAAUACCAGUAGCAAAGCAAAACAUGUGUCCUCAGGACAAUUUAGAUGAUUUGAACUCUUCAGCUACCAGUUCUGCAUUUCUCAAAAGUGAAGUUGUUAUGGAGAAUAUGGAAUCAUCUGCUCGUAAGAGCGCCACAUCACAUUGUCUUGCCGUUCCACCAGGAGGUGGGUCUUGCAUUCCAUCAGAUGAUAUCAUAGCAGUUAAAGUCAAGAUUGAAGAGGAAGAAACAUCUGUUUUCACUCAUGAGUCUCUUCAAAGUGUUGAUUUUUUGGAAAAAUGUAGUCAUUCUUUAACUGGUUCUUCAACAGCGGACACAAUGUAUCGAGUGACAAAUGGUGGAGAUCCAAUUGGCAACCAAAAUUCCCCAAUCCAGACAGCUUGUUCAAAAUUAAAUCAGAUUCAUAGCAAAUCAAUCCUGGGCAAGCCUGAGAUUGUGUCAAAAAUUGGAGCUAAGGUGUCAAAUGUUGAGGCUACUGAUGAUCCUUUAAAUGCUUCUCAGGAGACAUUGCAGAGUAAUUUGACCUGCAAAAACAUUAUUGAGAAUUCUGAAGCAAUCAGCAAAAGGGUGAUAACUCUUACCAACAUAGGAAAGAUCCUCAAGCACAAAGAGACAUCUCUUAAUUCUACUGAAAAUUUUGACCAGCUUUCCCAAAGCACUCGAGAAUGCACAGAGAUCACAGGGACCAAGAUUAAAUGCUUAAACGAUUACCAACAUUGUAGGAAACAGUUGACAAAUUUGGCUCCUCCAACAGAGAUGGCUUUAGCUGCUUCAUUUGGAGACAGUACUAAAGCAGCACCAAGUUCUUUAAGCCAUAAAGUAUUCACUUUUCACAAUUAUUCAAAGGAAGCAACUGUUUUUUCACCCAGAAUAUGUAAAAAAAGUGAAGUUACAGCAGGCACCGAAAUGAAUAGAUGUAAUUUUAGUCUUACAUUAGCUGAGUCUUCAAAACCUUUAGAAGAUUGUGAAUGGGCUGAUACAGAUGAUGGAAACCCAGAGUCAGUACUGAAAGAUUUUAAUGUUAUAAAAAUCGAGGAGGAUACAAUUCCAAUAUGUAAAAAUCAGUCUAAUAGAAAAAAUACUUUAUCUGUCUUGGGUAGUUUUGCGGAUAAACACUCAGAUGAAAUAAUUACACAACAACUCCGUAGGGAAAGAACUGGAUAUUCACAUUCAAAGAUUGAUUCCUCUGAACAAAUAGAAACUACUGUACAACUUCAGUUGCAGGAUGAAAAGCAGCAAGUGGUGUUGGAUACUGAUAGAACUUUUACCAUGCCAGUGCAGGUCAAGGCCACUCAAAGUUUUAAGCUAAUUACUAAUUGUGUAAACCCUCAAAUCAAUGUCUCAUAUAUGAAUUCUGUUUUUAAAACCUUGAGAAAUUCUCCUGGUGGGAGAGUUCCUUCAAAAGACAAAAAUAAAAAGACUUCAAAAGAAAGCGGUCUUGCUAAGAUGACAUUUGUUUCUUCCCUUGGAACUGGUCUUAGUGGCUCUCCACAGCAUUUCCUUAUCAAUAGUCCAAAAUUAAAAGGUCCUGUACUUCUCUCUAAUGCAUCACCUAAUAGUCCUUCAGACAAAGUCAAUAAAACACAGUCAACUUGCUACUUGUUCCCAAGGUCAAUUCCGUUUGUUCAAGCUCCAAACAGCUCCGGCCUCAAUUUACCUAGUGCAAAACAUCCACAGAAUCCCAGACCUGUUCUGGCCAUGCCUGUGAUCUCUGCUGCCAAACCGAGCCAUUCACAGACUGGUCGCCAAGCAUUUUUGUUACGGUACAUUUCUCCCCUCAAGUCAAGUGUAGUUCUCAACACUCAACAAAUAAAACCCAGCACUCAAUCUCUCCACACCAUAGAAAAAGGAAGAAACAAAGUUGUAUUUAAAAUUGUCAGCCCAACAAGUACCCUGCUUAAAAGUUGCUCACCUUCAUCAAGUUGUCAACCUUUACUUUUGGCUACCUCACCUCCAACCCAGUGUUUUCUCAAGUCUUCCAACAGAACACAUGCCACUACAUCCAACAACCUGAAGAUUAUUACCAGGGACAAUCAAAUACAAAGGGCUGUCAGGGAAAUGACACCUCAUUUGACAGUAAAUAUAAAACCUAGUGAAGCAGAUAAGCCUCAGCUAGCCCCAAGGCCAAUUCGACCGCCAAGUCAAAGAAAACUGCGCAGGAAGGCAUUGUUUAAUGAGCUUCCAAUGACUGUGCAAAAAGCAAGAAGGCUCACAAACAAAGUACAGACUAAGAUGGACUCAACUGUGUUUUGGAAUCCAGUAGCAAAAGAUGUUGAAAGAACCCUGAGACUUGCCCCGUACAACUGUGUACAGCAAGUUAAAUGCCCCCGGAGAUACCAACCAGUUGUGGUGCUUAAUCAUCCAGAUGCUGAUAUUCCUGAAGUAGCCAAUAUUAUGAAGGUGAUUAAUCGACACAGAGGUGCUGUUGCUAAGGUAUCACUGUCGCAAAAAACAAUUAAAGCGCUUGCUGACCACGGCACUCAAAGGGGGGGGAUCUGGGCACAAGGUCUACUACUGCGAAGCGUUGACCCAAACUCACGACCAGUUCAGAGUUCAGUCCGAGAGCGUUAUCUUCUCAAACUCAAACUAAGGAAAAAAAGCAAAAAAAAGUAUGAAGUCGUGGAACCGUUAUCAGGCAGUCGGGCAAAGACUGUAGUAUUCGACUGCUGGUUCUGUGGGCGGAUAUUCAAUAGCCAGGAACAUUGGAUUGGCCAUGGCCAGCGGCAUCUCAUGGAGGCAACUAAAGACUGGAAUAAACUGUUAUAAAUCGUUUUCAACACCUUUUGUAUGGGUAAACCGUUCUGAGUAUAUUUUGUGGCUUUUAACUCAUAAACUCUUUGUAAAUACAAACUGUUUUAUUUGGCAAAAGAUAUUUUAUUGGUGCUUUUUCUGGUCAUGCACAGGUCUUUUUACUGUGAAUAUGGUACACUGUAAAUCAUGAAAAUGUGAUAAAAGCACUGACGUACAAGAAGUGCAGAACUAAUUUCUCAGGUCUGCUUUUGUGUGUUUUGCUCAGAAUUUUUGUGUAACACCCGCCCCAAAAAAAUACAUA